GGUCCAACCCUACUGAGUCGUUUGUGGUGGGGAGCGCGGACAGGGGAAUCGACGUCGACGUCCACCAUCUCGACGACGCUCAGCGCCGCGACGCCUUGUAGCUUUUAGGACAGCGUCGAUCUCUGAGCGUCGCCGGGAGAAAAGGUACCAGUCGUUUCAGUUUCCCGUAGGUCAGUAGCAACCAAACAGCCGCCGCCAUGGACGCGAUCAAGAAGAAAAUGCAAGCGAUGAAGCUUGAGAAGGACAACGCGCAGGACAAGGCCGACGCGAUGGAGGGCCAGGCCAAGGACGCGAACGCGCGCGUUGACAAGCUCAACGAGGAGCUCCGCGAACUCCAAAAGAAACAAACCCAAGUGGAAGCCGACUUAGAAAACACCAAGAGCCACUUGGAACAAGCCAACAAGGAUCUGGAAGAGAAGGACAAGGCCCUCAUCGCCGCUGAAUCGGAUGUAGCCGCUCAGAACCGCAAGCUCCAGCUCAUCGAGGAAGAUCUGGAACGUUCGGAGGAACGUCUGGCCACAGCUACCACCAAACUGGCCGAAGCCUCGCAAGCAGCGGACGAAAGUGCACGUAUGUGCAAAGUGUUGGAGAAUCGUGCUCAGCAAGACGAAGAGCGCAUGGACCAACUGACCAAUCAGCUGAAGGAAGCGAGACUGCUGGCCGAGGACGCCGACAACAAGUCCGACGAAGUUUCCCGCAAGCUGGCCUUCGUUGAAGACGAGCUCGAAGUCGCCGAGGACCGAGUGAAAGGUGGCGACGCCAAGAUCAUGGAGCUUGAAGAGGAACUGAAGGUGGUGGGCAACUCGCUCAAGUCACUGGAGGUGUCCGAGGAAAAGGCCAAUCAAAGGGUAGAGGAAUUCAAGAAACAAUUGAAAUCCCUGACCGUGAAGCUGAAGGAGGCGGAAGCGAGGGCGGAGUUCGCGGAGAAGACGGUGAAGAAGUUGCAGAAGGAGGUGGACAGACUAGAAGACGAACUUGGAAUCAACAAGGACAGAUACAAGUCGCUGGCCGACGAGAUGGACUCCACCUUCGCCGAAUUGGCCGGCUACUAAGCGGGGAACGGUCAGCUCGUACACGCCCAAACAAGUCCGUGCGAGCUUACUAUAUUUUUCGAUGUACUUACUUUCAUUUACGUUGUAAGAGUUUAUUUAAUGUAUACAUACUGGAUAAAAGAAUUUGUGUAAGACAUUAUGUGUUCCGACGGGGAAUUUUGAUUGACGAUUGUUUUCACCAAAUAUAGUUGUUGAAUUGACGUGUUCGUUUCUUACGGAGACUUGCGCGGAACGAUUGCCCGUUUUGCUGUCACCUUGUUUUUUCUUCUUUGUAACUAGUCUACAUUAAUAGUAUAUUUAAUAAAAUUUACACGUUA